AUGAGGUGCAACUACGUCUCGUGGCAGUCCAGAGGGUGGUGUCGCGCCGAAUGGUGGUGCCACCUUUUGUCCAACAAGCCGGACACCAGCGUCAUCGUCGUUUACUCUUGCAGGGAAGCCGAGUUCAUGUUCCCCCUGAGCUGGCAGGAGAACAAAGUUUCCGAGGGUGAGUUUACCGUGGAAGCAGACCGGAGAGUUGUAGCAAAGCUCGGUGAGCGAGCGUUGGAAAGCAAGAUCAGCUUUCUCUCGACGGCUGGGCCACUGAGUAGGUAUCGUUACUACUUGGCGCAAAGGCCGCAACUACUUUGCCAACGAAGCGAAGAUUUCAGCCUAACGGAGUUCCUCAGCCACUUUCGCUUCCCGGAUCGCCUUGAAGAGGCGAUCCAGGACACCAGCAGUAUGAGCCCGGUGUUAUGUGCGGUUUUCGCCGGCGACGCCAAGAUCUUGCGUGCCCUUCUUGAAAACAGGGCGGAUGCGAAUCAAAAGCUGUAUGGCUUGUCAGACCUCGGCUUCUACGAUGGUCAGACCGUGCUAAUGGCAGCAACGAAGUCGCGCCAGACCCCGAAGGUUCUGUCCACGCUCAUCGAUCUGCGUGCGGAUGUGAAUGCGGCCACCAGAAUAGGUCUCACCGCCGUAGCCUUAGUGCGAGAUCCUGGACAGCUGCGAGUUCUCAUGGAAGCGCGGGCAGACAUCCAUACGCCGGGGCGGCCUUUCGGGCUGUCACCAAUAGCAGGUGCUGCUGUGUGGGCCUGUCCCGAGACCAUCGCUGCCAUGCUUGCGGCAAGAUGUGAUCCCAAUUUCACGCCGCAGGGCGUUGGCUAUGGCCCAUUGCAUGCUGUAUGCCUGCAGGCACGCAACAGUAGAAGGGCUACCGAGAUAGCAAGGAUUCUGCUUGCCAGCCGGGCAGAUGUUAACUCCACGGCAGCUCCGGUUGGAGUUUUCAAGCUUGUUUGUUGGCUGUCGCAGGCCCGCGUGGCCAUGAGAGGUUUCGGGCACUGUUCCAUUGUUGUGAGAACUGCUGCUGCUCUGCCCGGCCUGACGCCACUUGGCGCUGCUGCCCUCAUUGGUGACGAAGGUUUAGCCCGUCUUCUCUGGGAGAACGAUGCCGAAGUGCUUGCAAACCAGCGAGGCGACUUACCUGAGGACCUGGCGAUUGCAAAUGGACAUGAUCACUUGCUCCCUCUCCUCGCAUCCUUUGGCGUGUGA